AUGCUGCCACUGCUGCUGCCUCUGCUUUGGGCUGGGACCCUGGCUCAGCAUGAAAACUACCAGUUGGAAGUGCAGGAAUCCGUGACGGUGCAGGAGGGCCUGUGUGUCUCCGUGCCCUGCUCCUUCUCCUACCCCCAGGACAAGUGGAAUAACUCUGCCCCAGCUCAUGGCUACUGGUUCCAGGAAGGGGCAAAUGUACAGCAGGAUGCUCCUGUGGCCACAAACAACCCAGUUCGUAAGGUGCAAGAGGACACCCAGGGCCAAUUCCACCUCCUCGGGGACCCCCGGACCUACAACUGCUCUCUGGACAUCAGAGACGCCAAGAGGAGGGACAAUGGUAGAUAUUUUUUCAGGGUGGAGAGAGGAAAGGAAAAAGGGAAUUACAAAUCUAUCCAUCUCUCUGUGUCUGUGACAGCCCUGACCUACACGCCCCACAUCCUCAUCCCGGGGACUCUGGAGUCUGGCCGCCCCAGCAACCUGACCUGUUCUGUGCCCUGGGCCUGUGAGCAGGGUACACCCCCCAUCUUAUCCUGGACAUCAGCUGCCCUCACCUCCCUGGGACCCAGGACCCACCUUUCCUCAGUGCUCACCCUCACCCCAAGGCCCCACGACCUUGGCACCAACCUCACCUGUCAGGUGCAGUUCCCUGCAGCUGGUGUGACUAUGGAGAGGACCAUCCAGCUCAACGUCACCUGGGAACUGGGGACCAGGGAAGGAGUGAUUCAAGGGGCCAUUGUAGGAGCUGGUGUCACCGCUCUGCUCGCUCUCUGCCUCUGCCUCAUCUUCUUCAUAGUGAAGACCUGCAGGAAGAAAGCAGCCAGGACAGCAGUUGGAGUGGAUGACAUCCACCCUGCUAUUGAAACAUCUUCCCUGGGUCACCAGCAGGAGCCCAAGUCAGACAGCCCUGCUGACCCCACGUGCUCCGCAGGGACCUCCUCUGCCUUGGAGAUGGAGGAGGAGCCGCAUUAUGCCUCCUCCAGCUUUCACAGGGUGAAUCUUCAGGAGGGCACCUAA